AUGUCUGUGAGUGCCAGCCUCGGUCUAAGCUGUCCGCGAGGCGGCGACUUCUAUGUCUGCGAGGGCAGUAAGAUCGAGUUCUUGGGCUGCUGCGCUACAAACCCAUGCGCCGAUGGCAGCGGAAGGUGCCCAACCCAGGACUUGAGGAUAUCCUCAUUCAACCCGGACAGAUACGCAAGCAUCCCACCUCAGGGAUGCGACGACCCGAGGCCUGCUAGCCAGCUUUUCUACACAUGCACCAACAACAUCCCGUUCAUCGGAUGCUGCGCCAAGAACCCCUGCCAAGAGCCUGAUGGCCUCUGCCCGACGGACCACCUCAUUGCGACGACUCUGAGCCCAGACGCUGUCAACCGGACGAUAUUUACACCGGAAUCCUCGUCGUCGGCGUCGCCAACCUCUACUCCUAAUCCUUCCUCCGGCGGCGGCGGCCUUGCCACAGGAGCUAUCGUCGGUAUCGCCAUUGGGGCCGCUGUGCUGGUUGGUGUCAUUGUGACGGUGAUCUGGAGAUGCGGAUGGCAUGCCAGGAAGCGCAAUGAAAGACGAGAGCCAGCGUGGGAGCCCGCUGCUCAAAGCGCAAACCCAAGCCACCACCCAAAUAUGGGCUUCGCGCCUCGGAGUCCCGCCCUGUACGACCCUGCACGUGCAUCUCAUAUCAGCUAUGCAACAACCGCAGCCCCCAAUUCGUACCAGUCCACAUCACCGCCGCACUCGCCCUUUUUCCCACUCAAGCACCCGGGUACGCCGCCUGUUGACGACCGUCAUCUCUCUACCUACACGGACAGUAAUGUGAGCUCCCUCAGUGGGCACACCCCACGGCACCCGAGCCAGUAUUCCAGUGCUGUGGUGGAAUUGCAUCCGGUCAGCGAGCUAGACGGCAUGGAGCAACAGGGAUCAAGGGCCGAACUAGGUGACGGAACUCCUGUUAACCUAUAUGGCAAAGGCGGCGACCGAUAG